AUGUGUACUAUGUUGGUAGAUGGGGAGAAAAUUAACACUCUAAUCGAUACAGGGGCAGCUGCUACACUAAUAUCUGGUACACCAAAAACUAGCAAAUUUACUACUGCUUGCAUUGUGGGGGUUACUGGCAUGCCAAAAACAGUGUAUGUUGAACCUAGGACGUUGAAGAUUGGCUCUAAGACUAUACGUUCUGAUGUGUUUUUGGAAAAAGAUGCGUUAUCUCUGUUGGGAGCUCUGGAUAUUGUAAAGUUUGGGUUUAUCAUUGAUUUAAUGAAUCACAUGCUUUGGAAUAUUGAGGGGAGUACUAGCCCUUCUGAGCAUACUCGGAUCGGUUUAGGCUCCAAUUUGCCUCCUGUGCAUGUUGUCUAUCCACAUGAGGAUGUUGGGGCCGUAAAGGGUAUUAAAAUCAAACACCCUCCUGCUCCUCCUGUGGAUACAGAAUCUUGGUGGCAUGAAUAUGCCGAUGUAUGGGCCAAAGAUAGUCUAGAUUGUGGUAAAUCACAAUUAAUGGUUUCUUUGGAUGGUACACACCACCCAUAUGUUAAACAGUAUCCAAUUCCACGUGAGGCAGAAAAGGAUUUAGAAGUUAUCAUUGACCAAUUGUUACAGCGUGGGUUAAUUCGACCAUGCCAAACUGCAGGCUCGAGUCCUGUGUGGCCUAUUCGUAAAAAAGACAACACUUGGCGUUUAACCAUUGAUUACAGACGACUAAAUGAGACAGUUUUUAGAACAGCACCUGUUGUGGCCUCUUACCCUGAACUGAUUGCUAAAUUAACUCCUGAAAUGCAGUAUUAUACCGUGUUAGAUCUUGCAAAUGGGUUUUAUAGUGUACAAGUCACUCCUGAAACUCAGUAUCGUACUGCAUUUGCUUUUCAGUCUAAACAGUAUUGCUGGACAGUUCUUCCUCAAGGUUACUGUGAUAGCCCUGCAAUUUUUCACAGCAUGUUAGCUCAAGCUCUAAAGUCUCAUAAUUUGCAUAACAAAAUUGUUCAGUAUGUUGAUGACUUGUUAAUAGCUAAUGAUUCCAGAGAGAGUAACAUUAAACUGUUAAAAAAGGUUUUGGAAUGCCUUAAAAAGCAUGGCUUGAAACUUAACCCUGACAAGUGUCAGUUGGUCCAACAGAAGGUUAAUUACCUCGGAUUGGAACUUGGUCCAACAGGCAGAAGUAUUCUUGAAGAUAGGGUUAAACAUAUUCUUUCCCUACCAAGACCUGUAGAUGUGAAAUCUUUACAGCAGUUUCUUGGGCUUACAGGAUUUUGCAGAGAAUUUGUUGCUAAUUAUGCUUUGCUUGCAGAACCAUUAUCUGACCUACUGAAACAAAACAAAUUUGAAUGGAAUGAUUCUCAUACACAGACAUUUUCCUCCCUCAAAUCUGCAUUAGCUAGUGCACCCGUUUUGGGCACUCCAGCAUCAGACAAACCAUUUUAUUUAUACUCUAGUGUGUCUGAUACAACACUUGGUGCAGUAGUGGCCCAAUACCAUGGUGAUAUACUAGCCCCUAUUGCAUACUUAAGUCGCAAAAUGACAUCACCUGAAUUGAAAUUUGGUCCUUGUGAAAAAAUUGCCCUAGCUACAUACUGGACCAUACAAAGACUGAGAUAUCUUCUCAGCGGUCAGCACAUUGUGAUUCGUUCACAUCAUAAUCCCCUGCUUUUGCUGAAAAAACAUAAUUUGGCUUUAAGUGACAUUCGUAAUGAACGUGUGGUGAGAUGGAUGACUACGCUGCUCACUGAACACAUUACAGUGGAACCGUUAAAGGAACCCUCUGUACAUGUGUUGGGUGUUCUUAUUCAAGGUCAGGAUCAUGUAUGUCAUCCUAUGAUUGCUCCUAAAGCACAUUCUGUUUUCAAAGAGGGCAGCCCUGCUGAUGUGGGAAAUAACCCUGUUUGGUACAUUGAUGCUAGUUCAUCAGUCAUCGAUGGUACGCGCAUGACAGGUUUUGCAGGUGUACUUCUUGAAGGUAGAACUAUUCUUGAUUUGUUUCAGUAUGCUUGUAAAAAUGCAGGAGCACAGUUUGCUGAAUUGGCUGCACUACUAACUUUGAUCCGGGACAAAAUUGGGAAAGGUGGUACACACUUUGUAGUCACUGACUCUAUGUAUGUUUUCAGAGGAGCUUUGAUUCUUCUUACGUUUUGGGUCAACAAUAAAUGGCAGUCCACUGAUGGCAGUAUAGUACAGCACAAAGGCUUAUGGGAACGCAUACAGGAUUUGUCAAAAGAUCAUGUAGGCUUUAUCAAACUCGUCAAGGUUAAAGCACACAGAUCUAAGGGACCUUUGGCAUAUGGUAAUAGUCUUGCUGAUAAAUUCGCAAAAGAGGCUGCAUGUCUUCCUGAUAUUCCACUAUGGGAAGAGGAAGAUGUAUUGUAUCAUACACCACUUGCACCAGUGCAGUUGUCUGCCCCUGACGAUGAUGACACACGAUGGUCUGUACUUCGAGAACAUCAGGAGUACGAUUUGGUACUCGCUCCUCUUUUUGAUGACCUGGCACCUAAGUUAGGUAAAGAAACACUGAAAAUUUUGCAUGACAUUUUAGUCAAAGACACUGAACAUGGUCCUGUCUGGGUUAUUCCCUCUCAUUUGGUAAAAUGUUUGCUGGCUUGGGUACAUGGUUCCAUUGCAGGGGGACAUCCCAAAUUACAAGAAUGUAUGGAUAGGAUGUCUAAACUGGGAUGGUGGCCUACUAUGAGAAGAGAUAUUCAAGAUCACAUUGAUAGAUGUAUUGUUUGUGCACACCAAGAUCCAGCAAGACAACUAACACGUGGAGCACUAAUGCGACAUGCUCCUACUGGACCUUGGGACAGACUACAGGUUGACUAUGUAGGUACACUGCCAUUGACAGCCCGUAAAAAUCGCUAUAUAUUGGUAGUCGUUGACUCUUUUAGUCGAUGGAUUGAAGCUUUUGCUACCCCUAACAAAACAGCUGGCACAACUGCCAAAAUCCUAGUGCAAAAUGUUUUCUGUCACUUUGGGAUUCCAAAACAAAUGGAUUCAGAUAAUGGUGGUGAAUUUGUCAAUACCAUCCUGAAAGAGAUCACAAGUUGGUUAGAUCUCCCUUGGGAUUUCCAUAUUGCUUAUCACCCUCAAAGCAGAGGCAUGGUUGAAAGGAUGAAUGGCCAGAUAAAAAAGGAACUAAGCAAAAUCUGUAAUGCCAAUGGUAAAAAUUGGGAUAUUUUACUGCCUUUUGUCCUUGCUCGGAUGAGAUCUAGAGUUAACAGGCAUAUUCAGAUGUCUCCUUAUGAAGUACUUUUUGGUCGCAGUAUGCCUUCAUGGGAACGCCUUUUGCUUCCUAUGGAUAUAUCUACCUCUGUAGCAUUAUGCAAUGAAGAAUGGGCCAAAGAACAUUCUCUAUGGCUCACCACUGUACAAGGACAGGCGCUGCACACAGAUGCGGUGUCCGCCUUAAAAAGUAAAAGUGAUUUUGAUAAAAAAUCUGACCUCACUGAAUACCAAGUGGGAGAUUCUGUGUGCAUGCUUAAACAAGGACAGAAAAACCCUAGGAAAUUUCCUAAAGAUUGCUGGGAAGGUCCAUAUCUUAUUGUGGACAAAGUGGGACCCUCAGUUUAUCUUAUUCAAAAAUCAGAUGGUUUAAAUGUCUACAAGCAUGCAAUGCAGCUUAAAUUGUUUAAGGGCUCUUAAAGCCCUCUGUGUGUGUUAUUCUAUAUUUACUUUGUUUUUCAGAAAGUGUACAAAGAGACUGAGACUCUAGAACGGCUGUUCCAGACUCUACUUUUCACUAUGAAUGAUCGGCGCCUUUACAUCUAA